CCGGUGAGCUCCGCUCCUGACCCGGAGUGAGCAGGCGUGGCUGAAAGGAAGGCCACGCCCUUCUCUGUGACUCCACCUUCGGCCUCCGUGCGUUUUCCAGUGAUGGUGUCCUCAGGGGAUCAAAACUUCAGCGUCACAGCUCGGGGACUGGCUUCGUGGUCCCUGAUGGGAGAGCAUGAACAGGUGGUAUGAGGGCAUCUGUGGUCCUCAGUGAUCCUCUUUUGGCCGGCCUAUCUCGGGACCCUGACUACUGUGUAGCUCACCUCUGCUCACCACCCUCCCUCUCCAUCACAUCUGUCAACGAGAGGGGGUCCUUCUCAGUCAAAGCUUUGGACUGUAUGACCCACUGGUCCAGGAACUUGGAGCCUGAGAUCCUGACCGCUGGUCCCAAACAAGCAGUGAAGUGUGCGGGCUGGCAGAAGGAGGAGUGGGACCUGGUUCCUCAGCCUCAUGAGGACGGUAUAUCCUACUCCAACUCAGACCUGCACAAGGAACAUUGUCAUGACCAGGACCUUGUGAAGAGGAAUCACAGUACAGCCAAGGUGAUGCCCGCACCCGCCCUUAGGGAGCCCUCGUUAACCUAGGGAUGCACUUGCUGUGUGCCGCUGUGGAGCCAGGGAAGG